AUGACUGCAACCGCUCAGGAUGAACCAAUUGUGGAGGAGCCGGAUGACGAGCCAUCGCCACAAGACCGCGCGUCGCAGCGGCAGCGGCGCCACAGCCCGCCGCGGCAGCCCAUGCCACAUCCCCAGGUGGCGCCCAUGGACCCCUUCAGCCAGCUGUUUGGAGCCCUCACCAGCGGCACUAUGGGUGGCGGCGGCUCUUCCUUUAUGCUCAGCAGCAGCAGCUAUGGCACCAUGGGGCCUGGAGGGGUGACCUAUCAGGCGUCCCGCACUACGAGAGUGGGACCUGGAGGGGUGCGCGAGACGCAGUCGGUAGUUCGGGAUGGCCGCAGCGGCACCGAGUCAGUCACUAUCAGCCGCGGCCUGGGCGACGGGCGGCAGCGUACACUGGUCCGCACGCGGGACGCUAUAACGGGCCGCGAGGAGCAGUUGGAGGACCUGCAGGGGCUGCGUGAGCACGAGGCGGAAGUGUUCGAUGAACAGUGGCGUAUGCAAGCCGAGCGCAACUUCCCUCUUGGCGGCGGCUUUGGCGCUGCGGGCCGCCUCGCCGCUGGUGGCGGUCGCGCCAGUGGCGCAGCGCAACAGCGGCCGCUGGCGUUGCCCCACGCAACGGCUGCUCCAGCCACGAUGGCUGAGGCCGGUCCUAGUUCCAGCACGAAUGGGGUGCACGGUAACGCCGGCCUUUCGGCAGCGCAGCGCGCCACGUACGCUCGUCCACCGUCGACGGCCACCGGCCGUGCCCCGGCGUCUAGUGGCGGCAAUACAUUUUACGCCGGGAACACUGCUGCUGCGGGCAACGGCGGCCGUGGUGGCACUGGAUACAGCGGAAGUGGCGCGCAUUAUGGAGGCACCAAUGCCGGCGCCGGUUAUUCAGCCCCCCGAGGACGUGAUCCCAUGUUGGACGGGCAAUACGGCAUAAGCUCGCAGCCGCACGCGAAUACGGCCGCGAGGUUGCCCUCCGGAAGCGGAGCGGGCUUCUCGGCAAGCGGUGGACAUGCCCACUCGCGAGGUGGAUACUGA